ACCACAUAUGUUUUAAGUUUCAGUGUUUGAUGACAGCAAAAUCAACACGGCUCCAGAUGUAAAUUUCCUGUUUAUCAAAAACUAAACUCUUUUCACACCAAACCAAACAACACUCUCCAGUUUUAGAAACUGCUGCAAAAGCUCUUACUUCCACACACACACACAUGUUCUUUCCUCUUUGCAUUCUCAUGUACCACUAGAAAAAGAUCAUCUUUUUCCAAUUCUUGGAUCUGUUUUCAAGAUUGGCGGCCAAUCUUUGUCUUGAUCUGAAACCAAAGACUGUUGCCUUUACAUGAAAUUUGUUGAAUUGUGAGUGGGAUGUCUCAAUUGUCUGAACGUCAAAGGUCUCCAAAUGUGCAGCAAAGAGGGGUUAGAGUUAGAGCUCCAUUGGUCGAUUCCGUAUCAUGCUACUGCAAAGUCGACGCGGGCUUAAAAACAGUAGCCGGAGCCCGGAAAUUUGUUCCCGGGUCAAAAAUAUGCAUCCAGCCCGACAUCAACCCGCACGCACACAAGUCCAAAAACCGGCGUCAAGAACGAAGAGUCCAGCCACCUCUCCUUCCCGGGCUUCCCGAUGACCUGGCAAUCAUUUGUCUAGCCCGUGUACCACGGGCCGAACAUAACAAACUCCGGCUCGUUUCCAAACGAUGGUCGCAUCUUUUAUCAAACAAUUACUUUUAUUCCCUUAGAAGAACCCUCGGAAUGGCGGAAGAAUGGGUUUACGUCUUUAAACAGGAUCGUGACGGAAGAAUUUCGUGGCAUGCGUUUGACCCGAUUUACCAAAUAUGGCAACCGUUGCCACCUAUCCCGAUGGAGUACAGUGAUGUAGUUGAAUUCGGGUGUGCGGUUUUAAGCGGGUGCAAUCUUUACUUGUUUGGAGGUAAAGAUCCCGUUAAGGGAUCCAUGAGCCGAACCGUUUUCUACAACGCACGAACGAACAGAUGGCAUAAAGCACACGAUAUGCAUAGGAAACGACAUUCUUUUGGAUCGUGUGUGAUUAAUAACUGUCUUUACGUGGCGGGUGGAGAAUGUGAAGGGGCCCACCGGGCUUUACGGUCAGCUGAAGUUUACGACCCGAGUCGACGCCGGUGGAGUUUCAUAACGGAUAUGACCAACGCAAUGGUUCCGUUUAUCGGAGUUGUUCAUGACGGAAAAUGGUUUUUAAAAGGGGUUGGGGAUCACCGCGAGGUUUUGAGCGAAGCGUAUACACCGGAAACGAACACGUGGACGUCGGUUACUGACGGUAUGGUUGCGGGUUGGCGGAACCCGAGCAUUUCUAUAAAUGGAAGCCUUUAUGCUUUGGAUUGUCGGGACGGGUGUAAGAUUAAAGUUUAUGAAGAAGAUACGAGUUCUUGGAAACGGUUUAUCGACAGUAAAGUUCAUCUCGGGAGUUCUCCUGCGCUCGAGGCUGCUGCUCUCGUUAAUCUUAACGGGAAACUGUGUAUCGUUCGGAACAAUAUGAGUAUUAGUCUUGUUGAUAUAUCGAGCCCAGAUCGAGAAGUCGAGAGCAAUCCACACCUUUGGGAGAACAUCGCGGGUAAAGGUCAUAUAAAAACGUUGUUUACGAACUUAUGGUCGAGUAUAUCGGGGAGAAACGGUCAAAAGAGUCACAUUGUGCAUUGUCAGGUGCUUGUAGCAUGAGCCACAAAGGGAAAAUCACGAAACUAGUCAACCUUGGACCAAGUUUUGUAGCCAAAAUAUUCAUUGAAUUUUAGCCGGGCCCACAAGCGGCAAAGCUUAUUUCGUGGAAGGUGAUUAGUUGGAAUCGUGAAUGUCUAUUUUGCCAAAGGCUGGAAUUCAGUGACUAUUUUGGUAAAAAAACUUGGUCAACUUGACUAGUUUUGAUUAUUUUUCGAGCAACAAAAGCGUCGGUUUCUUCAUAUAUCAAAGGAUUUGUGUAUAGAUUUGGGUUAGAACUUACAACUCAUGAUGAAUAUUUGGAUUGUCUUUUUAUGUUAUGGGUCUGGGUUAUUUUAGAAUUCAAAA